CCUCGCGCGCGCGCUCCCCGCAACCAUGGGGCUCCUCCGAGAGCGCCUCGGGCCCCUCCUCCUCCUCCUCCUCCAGGCACAGGUUUGCUGGCCUCGGUGCGCAGCCUCCGAGCCGUGCCCGCGGAGCACCGGGGAGGCUGAAGUGACCUUGGAGGCGGCCAGCACCGAACUGGAGCCGGGCCGGGCGCUGGGGCCAGCAGCGUUCACUGGCUCUCCUGGAAAACAGGUGCCUCUGCUCAGCAUUGACAAUGGCGACUUCAGUGUGCUGGCCGGAGGAACUGUCCAGGAAAGGAAAGAAGCAGAGAUCUUCCCAUUAAAACGUAUCUUACGAAGACGCAAGCGAGAGUGGGUGGUGCCGCCUAUAUCUGUUCCUGAGAAUGGCAAGGGCCCUUUCCCCCAGAGGCUGAAUCAGCUCAAAUCUAAUAAGGACCGAGGCACCAAGAUUUUCUACAGCAUCACAGGGCCAGGAGCAGACAGCCCCCCGGAGGGUGUGUUCACCAUAGAGAAGGAGACAGGCUGGCUGCUGCUAAACAAACCCCUGGACCGGGAGAAGAUUGCCAAGUAUGAGCUCUUUGGCCACGCCGUGUCGGAGAACGGGGCCUCGGUGGAGGAUCCCAUGAACAUCUCGGUCAUCGUGACGGACCAGAAUGACCACAAACCCAAGUUCACCCAAGAUGUCUUCAGAGGGAGUGUCUUAGAGGGGGUGUUGCCUGGCACUUCUGUGAUGCAGGUGACAGCCACAGAUGAGGAUGAUGCCAUCAACACGUACAACGGCGUGAUCGCCUACACCAUCCACAGCCAGGAACCGAAGGACCCGCACGACCUCAUGUUCACCGUCCAUCGGAGCACUGGCACCAUCAGCGUCAUCUCCAGUGGCCUGGACCGGGAGAAAAUCCCUGAGUACACGCUGACCAUCCACGCUACAGACCUGGAUGGGGAAGGGUCCUCUGCCACAGCAGUGGCCAUAGUAGAGAUUCUUGAUGCCAAUGACAAUGCGCCCGUGUUCGAGCCCCAGAAGUACGAGGCCCGGGUACCCGAGAACAAAGUGGGCCAGGAAGUGCAGAGGCUGACAGUGACCGACCUGGACGCCCCCAACUCACCAGCCUGGCAUGCCUCCUACCGCAUCGUGGGAGGUGACGCCACGGACCAUUUCACCAUCACCACGCACCCUGAGAGCAACCAGGGCAUCCUGACCACCAGGAAGGGUUUGGACUUCGAGGCCCAAAACCAGCACACCUUGUAUGUCGAAGUGACCAAUGAGGCGCCCUUCGUGGUGAAGCUCCCCACCUCCACGGCCACCGUCGUGGUCCAUGUGGAAGAUGUGAACGAGGCUCCCAUGUUUGUUCCAUCAUCCAAAGUCAUCGAGGCCCAGGAGGGCAUCUCCGUUGGGGAGACUGUCUGCAUCUACACUGCACAAGACCCUGACAAGGAGGGUCAGCAGAUCAGCUACCACAUCCUGAGAGACCCGGCAGGGUGGCUGGCCAUGGACCCAGAAAGCGGAAGGGUCACUGCAGCAGGCACAUUAGACCGAGAAGAUGAGCAGUUUGUGAAGAACAAUGUCUACGAAGUCAUGGUCUUGGCCACCGACAAUGGAGACUCGGUGGCCUUGUCUCUGAAGAAGUUCCUGAAGCAAGACACGUAUGAUGUGUACCUCUCUCUGUCUGACCUCGGCAACAAGGAACAGCUGACGGUGAUCAGGGCCACCGUGUGUGACUGCCAUGGCCACGUGGAAGACUGUCCGGAGCCCUGGAAGGGCAGUUUUGUCUUCCCUAUCCUGGGGGCCAUCCUGGCCCUGCUGUUCCUCCUGCUGGUUCUCCUCCUACUGGUGAGAAGGAAACGGAAGGUCAAAGAGCCCCUCCUGCUCCCGGAAGAUGACACACGGGACAAUGUCUUCUACUACGGCGAGGAGGGUGGUGGUGAGGAGGACCAGGACUACGAUAUCACUCAGCUGCACCGGGGGCUGGAGGCCAGGCCCGAGGUGGUCCUGCGCAAUGAUGUGGUGCCCACCUUCAUCCCCACGCCCAUGUACCGGCCCCGGCCCGCCAACCCUGAUGAGAUCAGCAACUUCAUCACCGAGAACCUGAAGGCGGCCAAUACCGACCCCACGGCCCCGCCCUACGACUCCCUGCUCGUGUUCGACUACGAGGGCAGCGGCUCGGACGCGGCGUCACUCAGCUCCCUCACGUCCUCCGCCUCCGACCUGGACCAGGACUACAACUACCUGAGCGAGUGGGGCAACCGCUUCAAGAAGCUGGCCGACAUGUACGGAGGCGGCGGCGAGGAGGACUAGGCCGGCCCGCAGGCCCAGGGACUGAACAUCUGGCCACAGCAGCUUCUCCCAGAGGGGUUGGCUCCCCUCCAUCACCUCCGCCCCCAAGGAACUAGGGGCGCUGCUCAGCAGCCUGGAGGGCAGAGGCUGCAAGGCUGGCGCUCAGAGCUGGGUUCUAGGCCAUUGACAGUGGAAGACAUGGAUACCUUCAACACCCACCACCUCUUGCCCUGGGUCCAGAUGGCCACAGGAGCUGAACUUCCAGCAGUUUCCCACCUGCUGUAAUGUGCUCAGCCAAGGCCCUGGCCCAGGCCUCAGCCCUCUCCCAUGCCCCAUGUGGCAUUUCCCUCUAAAAAAUGGAUCCUUUUCUUUGGACAGAGGCCUAUUACUGAAACUGAUCCGAUUUGGGGCAGGGGGGGCUGUUUGUUUUUUGUUUUUAAUGAUAUAUUCAAAGAGUUCCAGGCCGGUCCCUGGUGUCCCCUUGGGUCUCCUAUGUCCCCGCGCCUCACCCCCCACGCGCCCGGCGCUGGUCCUCAUGCCUCUCCGCUCUCCAGGCCCGAGGCGUUGCACGCGGCUGGAUCACUGCAUUUUUAUCUGUGGAUGUCUAGGUGGUUCUGUAUGUUUUUGGUUUUGUUUUGUUUUUAAUUUUCCCCCUAUUUUUUUAAUUUUCCCCGUGGCGUGCCGUAGAUUGGAGGGUGAUGACAAUCGUGUAAAUGUAUUAGAACUUUUUUAUUAAAGGAACUUUUCCCAGAA